AUGCCGGCCAAAGCCCCUCCACCUUUCAAGUUCCCAGAACCUUUUGACACGCAGUAUCAUCGAGAGCUGGAAGAACAACAGCAGUCUGGAGAUUACAACGACCAGCAAGAGUACGUCGAACCCCCGCCACCAGAGCCACAGUCCGCCAGAAGCAACAUCAGGAAGAGGCUCAUCGUCUGUUGUGACGGUACUGGUCAGUCGUCGAGCAACGGCGUCGACGACGUUCCAACAAACAUCACUCGGCUUGCCCGAGCCAUCGAUACUUCAGAGCAAAUCGAGUCUUAUGGAGACGAUCCCGCUACAGAGAUCCCGCAAAUUGUCCUCUACCAGACCGGAGUCGGUACCGAGGAAAUGUCUGGCCUCGGUUCGGGUCUCUCCAGUGCCUUUGGAUAUGGCCUCGACAGACACAUUCUCGAAGCCUACACCUUCUUCUCCCUCAACUUUGAAGAAGGCGACGAAUUAUUCUUGUUUGGCUUCUCUCGCGGCGCCUUUACUGCCCGUGCCAUUGCCUCUCUCAUUUGCAAUAUUGGCCUGCUCACCAAGGAUUGCCUGAACAAGCUCCCAAAGAUCUAUAAGCGAUACAAGGAGCGUAUCGACACCGAGGACAGCCGUAAGGAACUCGAAGACUGGGUCAAGAAGAGGGUCAAGCACAAAGGCGGCAAAGUGGAGAUUGAAGACCCAAAGGUCAUGGAGAGCGAAAAGUUUACAAUCAAUAAAGAGGUCGUCAUCAUCGCAAUGGGUCUUUUCGACACUGUCGGGAGCCUUGGUAUCCCCGACGGGACCAUUAGCACUCUCCUCAAGCCCUUGAGCUGGACGGGACUCAACAAUAAGAAGUAUCAGUAUCAUGAUACAUCGUUCCCGGUUGCACAAAAUCCUCAGGAUUUCAGGGCUCAUAUUGUUGGCGUCUAUCAAGUUCUUGCCCUCGACGAAUGUCGCACUUCGUUUACUCCCACUCUUCUGUACGACCAUGGCACCAAGUCCAAAGUGGGUGAAGGAACAGGCUUUUAUCAAGUCUGGAUGCCAGGAGUUCACACCGACGUCGGGGGUGGGUACGAGCGAAAACCCAACGACAUAUCCGAUAUCAGUUUUGCGUGGAUGUACGACUUUAUCAAAGCCCGCUUGCACUUCCGUCCAGGGGUCGUCAACGAACUCCGAGAGGCCGCUCUGGAUCCCGCGCGCUCCGAUCCUACCGUCAAGAAGAAGCCUUCUGCACCUCCACCAGAGGAUCGCGGCUGGGCAUGCUCCAACGUACACGACGAAUACCAUACAUACAAAUUCAAGUUUGGAGGUCAACGUUACCGCACUCCCGGUCAAUACUACCUCGAGCAGAGUGUAAAGGAGGGUUCCAUAUUCAGGACGAGCGAGUUCAUCCACCCGUCUGUUCGCGUGCGGAUGCUGUCGACUGAUUGGAGGCCACCUGCGCUCGACGGGUUCAAACUCAAGCGCGACGAAAAGGGCUACUAUUGGGUCAAGGAGUGCGACGUCUCAGGUGUCGGGAAGGUGCAGCUAAGGCUCGACGAAUCGCCGGUAUGGGUGCACGAUCAAACCGAAGAAGAGCUCCAGCAGCGGCACGUCGACAUGGAGUCGUACCUUAUAAACCAGGACAAGAAGGCGAAAGAGAUCUUUGAAGACGAUAAAUGUCACGAGCGACUUGCCAAAGUCGUUGGUGUCAAAUCUGGAUGGUUACAGUGGCUCACGGCUUUCUAA